AUGUCUAGAGAAGAGCAGCUUCUCCAGCUUUUGGAAAAUGAACGACGCCUUAGGCAACAGGCAGAAGACGAGAGGCGACAGUUGGAAAGGCAAAUGCAGCCAACCACCCUCCCAGAUUUCCUAGACGCCUGUCACGUUCAUUUAUCCGUUGGGUUUUCGUCGCGUAUCAACUAUAAAACUGGUACCAAAGGCGACCCAGAGAAUGCCGAUUCCAAGCUUCGCCCCGACUAUAUUUCAGAAUGGACUACAUUUCCUCAGGAGCAAAGUGCCAUAUGGAAAGACCUUUUUGAUGAUGAAUUUCUGUCGCAAGGCCAUUUUACAUCCUUACACACCCUUAAAGAAUUGGGAGCGAGCUUGCGAAAGAGAUCACUGGGUUCAGAGCUUGAUCUUGGCUACUAUGAACGGUAUACCGUUGAGGACCAUGUCUCCAGUGCCAUUGAAAUCUUGUUCUUGGACCCAAGACUGCGACGCAUCUUCAACCUCAAAGGAGAAGUGAAAUUUGAAAACCACGGAAACACUAUAACCAGUGAAGAGAGGAGUGUAGGGCCUCCUUUGGACUUGGAGAUGGUUUCCCCACAAACAUCCCCCGUACGGAAGCGGCAGAAGAGAGUCAAUGAGAGCAAGGGUUCUCUAAACACUACUUCAAAUGUACGGUUAAGGUCAUCGCGACCUCGUGCUGACCAAUUCUGCGUAUAUAAUACAAGCUCGGAAGAAACCGUUCCUGCCUUCGUCAUUGAAUAUAAGGCGCCGCACAAACUUACUCUGGCCAUCAUAGAGGCCGGACUUGUGGCUAUGACGGUGGAUGACGUGGUGGUAUGUACUGAGGGCGAAAGCCCUGUUAUUGAAGCCCGCCGCAAAGUUGCUGCAGUUAUCACACAGGCAUUUUCCUAUAUGAUCCAAGGCGGCCUUGAAUAUGGAUAUGUUUGCACUGGAGAAACAUUCAUAUUUCUUCAUAUUCUCGCUGAUGAUCCUAGUACUGUGUAUUACUACCUCUCAGUCCCUAAUAACGACGUUGGAGCUACUACUGGAUGGAGAAAAGAUUCCGAUGAUAAUAAUAAUAAUCGACUACAUAUGACGGCGGUCGGCCAAGUCUUGGCUUUUACACUUCGAGCCUUGCGGACACCUCAGCAUAGCCAGGACUGGCGAGCCAAAGCCCAUGCACAGCUAAAGACAUGGGUAAUCCAAGAGAAUAUAAUAUUCAAGUCUGAUUCUGAAGAGAGUGACGGUGCUUUGUCUGAUUAUAAACAGAACCGCCAAAGCAGGAACGAAUAUAUGCGUACUUCACCCAUCAAGACGAGGUCAAAGGGGCCUGUCACCGCCCCCCCGUGUCGUCCCCCUCAUGAAAGACGCAGAGACUGGGAUACCAGUGAGGAAGAAGAUAAUAGUAGCGGAAAUAGCGCUCCCAGCACUAAUAGCCCAAGUGCAGGUCGCGGAUCGAAGGCCAUAUCCUCUUCCCAACCAACUCAAAAGUCUGGCAGUAAUCAGAACAAAGAUAAGGGCAAAGAGAAGAUGCGGCAGUUCUGUACUCAAAAAUGCCUUCUAGGCUUAUUACAUGGAGGUUCCUUGGACCGCAACUGCCCCAAUGUGGCAACACAUGGGGAGACCGAACACAGAAUUGACCGAUACGAAUUUCGCCGGCUGGUUCAAGCACAGAUUUUAAGAAAAGACUUUGGGCCAUUUGGUUGCGAAUCGAUGAACAUCCAUGGCACGACUGGGGCGCUAUUUAGACUUACGCUAUUUUCACACGGAUAUACACUUGUUGCUAAAGGGGCACCCGUUGAAACGAUAAACCGCGCUGUUUACGAAGAAUAUCUAUACAGACAUCUCCGGCCAAUCCAGGGCGUACAUAUCCCGGUUUGCCUGGGCAGUAUAGACAUAUCUAGCCGGCCAUUGUGGUAUGAUGGGAUUGCAGCGAUUGUGCAUCUCCUCUUUCUCAGCCAUGCCGGCAGACGGGUGAGGUUCCAUGCCGGACCUAAUAACCUCAAAACAUUUGCCACUUCCGCGUCUGAAUCGCUGCAAGCUGUUCAUCGUCUUGGUGUUUUGCAUCGUGACCCGCAUAAUGAUAACCUUUUAUGGAAUGCAGAGAAUAAACAUGUGAUGCUUAUUGAUUUUGAGCGGGCCAAGAUUCUGAAUGAGCAGGACGCUGUUCAAACGGAAUCUUUGAAGAGGAAACGAGGAGAAAACGACAAUUCUACAUCACUCCGACGCUCUUUCAAAAGGGAGUUAAAGUGCAUUGCGAAGAAUAUGGCUGGAUAG